CGCAGGCGGCCCCGUGACCCGGAAGCUCUGUUAGCCAACAUGGCGGCGCCCAGCGGCGAGACGGAGCCGGGCCGGCGUUCGCGGCCCGCAGCGUGAGUAGACCUCUCGUUUGCAUAGAGACCUGAACGGCCAGAGGCGGCUCCCCGGAGGAGGGAGAAGCAAGUGCGGAGUCUCUGGGACUGGAGGACACUUGGCCUUGGUUCAGAAGCAACGUACCGGGGGCCUGCAUGCGGGAAAAGCUGGCCUGGGACUCCCCCAUCCCAGGUGGCCACGGGUCCUGUUAGGAGCAGAGGCAUGAGCUGGGCCCAAGCCGCCCUGCUGGCCCGAGGCCUCUCCAGGGGCUGGGGAGGCCUGUGCGGGGCCGCCCUCAGGGGAGCCCCCUUCUCACAGGUCGCGGCCCUGGCCCUGCGGGGCCUCCACCGCAGCGCGGCGGCCUGCAGCUCCGACCUGUCGCUGGUCCCCAGCCCACCCGAGUCCCAACGCAGGCCCGUCAAGGUCCUGGAGCCCCACGAGGAGCUGUUCAAGCAGGCGCCGGGCGGGGAGCGCGACAAGGCCAGCUUCGUGCGGGCAGUGCAGUGCUUCGGGCAGCAGGAUGUGCGCAGGCGCGGCCACGUGGACUUCAUCUACCUGGCGCUGCGCAAGAUGCGGGAGUUCGGCGUGCAGCGGGACCUGGCCGUCUACAACCUGCUGCUGGACGUCUUCCCCAAGGAGGUCUUCCGGCCGCGCAACGUCUUCCAGCGCAUGUUCGUACACUACCCGCGGCAGCAGGAGUGCGGCGUCGCCGUGCUGGAGCAGAUGGAGCAGCAUGGGGUGAUGCCCGACACGCAGACGGAGUUCCUGCUCACGCAGAUUUUCGGGCGCAGGAGCUACCCCAUGCUGAAGCUGGUGCGCAUGAAGCUGUGGCUCACCCGCUUCAAGAACGUCAACCCCUUCCCCGUGCCCCUCCACCUGCCCCCCGACCCCGUGGACCUGGCCAAGCUGGGCUUGCGGCACAUGGAGCCCGACCUCAGCGCCAGGGUCACCGUCUACCAGAUGUCUUUGCCCAGCGACCCAGCAAGCCCCGAGGAGCCCGCCCAGCCCCACAUUGUGGGCACUCCUGUCUCCUCCGCAGGAAUCCAGAGCCCCGAUCAGCAGGCCGCCCUGGCCCGCCACAACCCAGCCCGGCCCAUCUUCGUGGAGGGCCCCUUCUCCCUGUGGCUGCGGGACAAGUGUGUCUACUACCACAUCCUCAGGGCUGACUUGCUGCCCCCCGAGGAGAGGGACGUGGAGGAGGUGCCGGAGGAGUGGAGUCUCUUCUACCCAAUGCAGCUGGACCUGGAGUACGCCAGGAGUGCCUGGGACGACUCUGAGUUUGACAUCAACGAAGUGGAGGAAGGCCCCAUCUUCGCCAUGUGCAUAGCGGGCGCGCACGACCAGGCGACACUGGCCAAGUGGAUCCAGGGUCUGCAGGAGACCAACCCAGCGCUGGCCCGGAUCCCCGUGGUGUUCCGCCUGGCAGGGUCCGCCGGGGAGCUCCUGACGUCCUCGGGAAUGGAGGAGCCGCCCCCGCCGCGCCCCGAGUCCCAGGAGGAAGAGGAGGUCCCGCAGCGACAGCAGCAGGGCCAGGGCUGAGCUGGCUGUGGACUGGUGUGAUGAGCUCGGCGUGCACAGCGAAUAAACCUCUCCGGUCCGGGCCA